CUGACUAUGGUUCCAAAAUGAACAGAUAUGAGAAAGAGAGUUGCAGCUGAUCGUUGGAUUUGAAGCGCUCAACUCAACCUUUUCGAUUUUUGCAAACAAUGACACAAUUCAUGCACAUGUUCAAGUCAUGUUCAAGCUUAAGAACACUAUCUCAGAUCCAUGCUCACUUCUUCAUCACCGGUCUUCAUCGAGACAGACUAGCCUCAACUAAACUCAUCGAAUCGUACGCCACUAUGGGCGAUCUUCAAACCGCAACGCUUGCAUUUCAACGUUUUCCCGACCCUGAUUCCUUCAUGUACGGUAUCCUAAUCAAAUGUUACGUAUGGAAUGGUUUAUUUACAGAAGCUAUUGAAACUUACAAUCGCAUGUUAAACAACAAUAUUUACAUCAAUACUUUCAUCUUUCCCUCUGUUCUUCGAGCUUGUGCUGGAAUUUCUGAUCUUAUCAUGGGCCAGAGAAUCCACGGGAAGAUAAUAAAGCGCGUAUUUGAAUCCAAUUCCGUGGUUGAAACCUCAUUACUCAGCAUGUACGGCGAAAUCGGUUGCUUGAGUGCUGCUCGCAAGGUGUUUGAUGAAAUGUCAACUAGAGAUGUUGUUUCAUGGACUUCUCUCAUUUCAAGUUAUGUGCAGAACGACAAACCGGAGGAAGGGUUGAGUAUAUUCCGUUCAAUGAUCCAUCAAUGUACAGAAGCUAUCGAGUCUGUAACAAUGCUCGCCGUGGCAGAGGCCUGUUGCCAGUUAGGGUUCUUGAGGUCUGCAAAGUCUGUACAUGGCUAUGUAACGAGAAAGGAGAUUCACGGCCAUACUCAACUGGAUACUUCUCUAAUGAACAUGUAUGGUAAAUGCGGCGACUUACAAAGUGCAGAGACGUUUUUCAACAAAUCUGUUCAUCGAAAAAACACUUCUUCAUGGACGGUGAAGAUAACUUGCUUCUAUAACAAUGGCUGUUAUGAGGAAGCAUUAAAUGCUUUCGUUGAGAUGCAAGAAGCUCACAUCUUGGCUAAUGAAGUAACCAUGUUGAUUGUUCUCUGUUCUUGUGCUAGGUUAGGUUUUCUCAUGAAGGGGAAAUCAGCUCAUUGUUUUCUUAUUAGGAAUCAUAUAGACACUGGCUAUGAUCUUUUGGGGCAAGCUCUUGUCGAUUUAUACUCCAAUUGUGGAAAGGUAAGUUAUUGUCUUUGUUUUUUCGACUCAUCUAAAGAGAAAAACAUGGUGAUAUGGAAUUUGAUGAUAUGGGCAUACACUCAAGAAUUUCGUCAAAUCGAAGCCUUCAAGCUGUUUGGGACAAUGCAAAGCGAAGGGCUAUCGCCCGAUCCAUUUACGUUUUCGAGUGUGCUUACAGCAGUUGGAGACAUCUGUUGGGUGGAAUUCGGGUAUCAAAUCCACACUCUUAUCAUCAAAAUUGGUAUUUCGUUUUCAAAUGAGUACGUCGUGAAUUCUCUUAUCGACAUGUACUCUCAUUGCGGUUUAGUGCCUUCUGCGUACAAAGUUUUCGACGAGAGCCCGUUAAACAACGUAACCACUUGGAACACGAUGAUCUCGGGCUUCUCUCGAAAUGGUAAUUCAAAGGAAGCUGUCAAUCUCUUCGAAAGAAUGUUAAAAAACCACGUAGAGAUCGAUGAAGUGAGUCUUUUAACUGCGAUUCAAGCAUGCUCGAGUUUGGGAUCAUCCAAGAAAGGGAAAUGGGUUCAUCACAAACUCAUAGUUUAUGGCUUAUCAACGGACAUAUACAUGGAUACGACAUUGAUCGACAUGUACGCUAAAUGCGGCGAGCUUCAAGUGGCUCAAGCAAUCUUCGAAAGGAUGAAUGAACGAACAGUAGCAACAUGGACCGCGAUCAUAUCCGCAUACGGAGCCCACGGAGAGAUCAAUUCGGCCAUAUUUCUCUUCGACGAAAUGAUAAAAUCGGGAAUAAAACCAAAUGAGAAAACCUUCAUGAGUAUUCUAUCGGCGUGUAGUCAUUCCGGUUACGUUGAAGAAGGAAAACGAUAUUUUAACUCGAUGGUUGAGGAUUUCGCGAUCGAACCAACGAUAAACCAUUUUUCGUGUAUGGUGGAUCUUCUGAGUCGAGCUGGGGAUAUCGACGGGGCGUACAGGAUCAUCAGAACGAUGCCUCACGCCCCGGUCGCUAGCGUUUGGGGAGCGUUGCUCAACGGUUGUCGAAUUCACGGGAGGAUGGAGGAAAUGGAGAGCUUUAUGAGAAGGCUUGGUGAAGUCGAAACCGAUGAUUCCGGGUAUUAUACUUUACUUUCUAAUAUUUAUGCUCAAAGAGAGGAUUGGGAAAAAUGUAGAAUGGUUAGAUUGGUGAUGAAAGAAAGUGGCCUUAGUAAGGUACAUGGAUAUAGCUUAGUUGAGAAUUGAUAGGUGGAAAUUGAAAACCUUGUUAGAAUAAAUAAUUCAUAGGAUUCCUUUAGGCAUUGUCAAACAAGAAAAAAAACAGGUAGAGUUUACAUAGGAAACGUUAAACCAUCUUAAGAUUAUAAGUAUAUUCUUAGAAUUAUAAGUAUAUCUUAUUAUUCUUCUUAUCCCUAUGAAGAAUUGUUUAUUGUAGUUUUAUUAUUCUUCAUGCAUAAAUUAGAUU